AUGGCCGACGACAAAACCGUCGUCGAUGGGAGCAACAAUGACUUUCGCAAUAGGUUGGGGAGUGAAGUCGCUGCCGGAAUCGACGAUCUGAGUGCAAUCCCUAAAGGAACAAUCGAUCCUGUCUAUGAAGCCAAAGCCAGGGUUUUGAACAGAGCCAUCCAGGACAUUGGAAUGGGUCGAUAUCAAUGGCAAUUGUUCAUCGUCGUCGGCUUCGGUUGGGCAAUGGAUAAUUUAUGGCCGAUUACUACGUCGCUCAUUUUCACCCCAAUCACGAAUGAAUUUAGCCCUACACGACCACCGCUCUUGACUCUGUCACAAAAUAUCGGCCUCCUUGCGGGCGCUAUGUUUUGGGGGUUUGGAUGCGACUUGUUCGGUCGCCGGCUAGCAUUCAAUGCAACUCUUCUCAUAAUUGCCGUCUUUGGGCUUGUUGCGGCUGGGUCGCCCAAUUUCGCGGCGAUAGGAUGCUUUGCUGCUCUAUGGUCGUUCGGAGUUGGUGGUAAUCUUCCUGUCGAUAGCGCCAUCUUUCUCGAAUUCCUUCCAGGCUCGCAUCAGUAUCUUCUGACUGUGCUAUCAAUUGAUUGGGCAUUAGCACAGCUUGUGGCAACACUAAUUGCAUGGCCACUUCUCGGAAAUCUUACCUGCCAGCAGGAUGAGACAUGUACACGAUCCGGGAACAUGGGAUGGAGAUAUUACAUGCUCGCAGUUGGAGGAAUCACCUUUAUAAUGUUCUUGAUUAGAUUUGUACUCUUCACGAUAUACGAGUCUCCCAAGUACAACAUGGGGAAAGGGAAUGACGAAGAAGCCGUCAGAAUUGUCCAUGAAGUUGCGCGUCGCAAUGGUAAGACGACUACCUUGACAGUCGAGGAUCUGAAAGCUUGUGAAGUUCUGGGGAAUGGCCGGGCCCAGCAGACGGAUGCUUCAGCUGCCAUCAAGAGAAAACUGCAGUCUCUCAAUCUGACACAUGUCCGAUCAUUAUUUGCGACAAGGAAACUUGCCUUGAGCACCGGUUUGAUCAUGCUGAUAUGGGCUUUUAUCGGACUUGGUUACCCACUUUAUAAUGCCUACCUACCGUACUUACAAGCCAUUCGGGGUGCUGAAUUUGGGGAUGGUUCAACUUACAUCACUUAUCGUAACUCUGCCAUCAUCGCGGUUCUUGGCAUUCCUGGAGCUCUUCUCGGUGGUGCCAUGGUCGAGAUCAAGAGUUUUGGUCGGAAGGGAACAUUGGCCCUAUCUACGGUCCUGACUGGAGUGUUCCUAUACUGCUCUACCACGGCGAAAACUUCUGAUGCUCUACUUGGAUGGAACUGCGCAUAUAAUUUCACAAGCAACAUCAUGUAUGCCGUGCUUUAUGCCUAUACCCCAGAGGUAUUCCCCACGAAAGAUCGUGGAACAGGCAAUGCGCUUGCAGCGACUGCGAACCGCGUUUUUGGCAUCAUGGCUCCUAUCAUCGCCAUGUUUGCCAAUCUGGAGACUGUCGCGCCAGUCUACACCUCUGGUGCAUUGUUCAUCGCUGCAGGAAUCGCAGUGGUCGCACUGCCAUUCGAGAGUCAAGGUAAAGCAAGCCUGUAG